AUGAGUGGAAACCCUUACGAAAAUUCUUUUCCAGUUGAUAUUGAUACUAAUAAAGUUAAGACUAUUGGACAUCUCAAGAAAGCUAUCAAAGAGGAGCUUCACCCUAAGUUUGUGAACGUUUCCCAUAACGACAUUAGGCUAUGGAAGGCCGACAUUUCCUUUGAAGAAGAAAAAAAGAAACUUGAGCUCGUCAACACAAAAAUAAACCGUCCUGUUGAGACGAAAGAAGUUCACUGCACCGCAACGUAUGGGCGUAAGAUGAGCCGAGAAAUGGUGACAUUGGAAGGUUUUAAGAAGAAGCUUUGUGAAUAUCUCACGUUUCCAGAUGGGACAGAGAACGAGCAUAUCGUAAUGGGUCUUCAAGACAUUCAACCUCUAAGAGAACAAGCUUUAACAAUUAUUGAUAAGGUUGAACAAAUUCAUGAAGAUUUAAGAAGACUUAAUAACGAAGUUUCAAGAUUAUAUUUAUCAGAAUAA